UAAUUUACUACUACUGGGAGAUUGGGAGGGAGAGAGAGAGAGAGAGAGAGAGAGAUAUGGAGGGCAUAGAGCACAGAACUGUGAACGUGAAUGGCAUAAACAUGCAUAUUGCAGAGAAAGGCGAAGGCCCGGUGAUUCUCUUCCUGCACGGUUUCCCGGAGCUCUGGUACUCGUGGCGGCACCAGAUCUUAGCCCUGGCCUCUCUCGGCUACCGAGCCGUGGCUCCGGACCUCCGCGGCUACGGCGACACGGACGCGCCGGCUUCGCCCGCCAGCUAUACGAGCCUCCACGUGGUUGGUGAUCUCGUCGCGCUCCUCGACGCCAUAGCCGCCGACCAGGACAAGGUCUUCGUGGUGGCUCACGACUGGGGUGCGAUCAUCGCCUGGUAUCUCUGCCUGUACAGACCGGACAAGGUCAAGGCCUUGGUCAACCUCAGCGUGGCGUUUACCCUCAGGAACCCUAAACGGAAGCCCCUUGAGUCCCUGAGAGAUUUUUAUGGAGAUGACUAUUACAUUUGCAGAUUUCAGGAGCCUGGAGAGAUAGAAGCUGAGUUUGCCCAAAUUGGUACUACAAGAGUUCUAAAGGAAUUUCUAACAUACCGCAAUCCAGGUCCACUUUUUUUACCUAAAGGUAAAGGCUUUGGACAUCCACCGGAUGCACUAAUCGACCUGCCCUCUUGGUUGUCGGAGGAAGACAUUAAUUAUUAUGCCACCAAAUAUGAGAAGACAGGCUUCACUGGGGCUGUGAACUACUAUCGAGAUUUGGACCUAAAUUGGGAACUCAACGCCCCAUGGACUGGGACUCAAGUAAAAGUUCCGGUUAAGUUUAUUGUGGGUGACCUUGACCUGACCUAUAAUGCUCCAGGCGCGAAGGAAUACAUACACAAGGGUGGGUUCAAGAAAUAUGUGCCAUUUCUGCAGGAGGUCGUUGUGAUGGAAGGAGUUGCACACUUUAUCCACGAGGAACGCCCUGAUGAGAUCAACAAACACAUUUAUGACUUCAUUCAGAAAUUCUGAGAGUGUUUUGACCCCUUGAAGUUGUCUAUUGGCUUCUUGUUUUCUCCUCUCCUGGCUGCUUGUGUGGCUGCAGUCAUUGCUUUUGCGUGUGAUUCUGUGUGUUAUAUGCCCCUAUUAAGGGGUUGCUUUGCUUUAGAUUGACGCGGUUGGUGAACUUAUCCCCUUUGUUACUGUGCAUAUCAAAGACAAUAACCUUCUUAAGAAAUUGACGCACUCUUCUAUGUAUAUGAAUUGGUUAUUGUCAAAUGAGAAAAGACUCCUUCACUACAGCUGUUGUGCAAGGCUCCUAAACACAUGGGUGGGAUCCGUGUGGUGGGCUGCACAACAAUUGUUUACCAA